CGUUGACAGUCACUGCAGAAAUUUAUGAGAUCUCGUAGGGGAUUUCAUGGGUUCUCUUCCCAAACCCCCUCUGUUUUGCUUAAAAUGGCCAUGGGAUAUUGUUCAUCAGAACCCUAGUAACCCGAAUACCUGCAACUUUGAGGCUCCUUGGCUUUUUACAUCAUUUAAAAAUCUUGGCUCUAUAGCUUUCCAAUUUGUCAACUCCGUUUCCCACUCUCGAAAUCCAUGGAUGAAAACCCCAUUCCAAGUAGAUGCGAAAAUGGGCCAAACAAACAGCUUGUUGAAGAGGAAGAAGGGCUUGACUCCUGAAGAACAAGGAGAGGCAGAACACAGAGCUUUAGCAUCUGCACUGACAAGUGGGAAAGAGGCCACUGUUAUUGAAUUCUACUCGCCCAAGUGCAGCCUCUGCAAUUCGUUGCUUAGUUUUGUCUUGGAAGUAGAAGCUAGGAAUUCCGACUGGCUCAAUAUUGUCAUGGCAGAUGCGGAGAACGAGAAAUGGUUGCCUGAGGUUAGCUAAAGAUGCCUCGUUCUCUAGUCAAAGAUGGUGCUUGUCAGCUUGAGCCAAACCUUACAACCCAGGAC